CUCAGAAAUGACCCAGCGCUCCUGAGGUACAGGUGCAGGGGCACUUGGACCAGACCCACCCUGCUGAAGACCCUCUUUGGGUCCUGACACUGGGAAACAGCAGCAGAGCUUGGUGGAAGAUGAACUGAAGAUGCUGCUGCCUAGAGGGAGCAUGGCCUGAGGCCCUGAGAUGCAGGCCUCCCGUGAGGGCCCCUCAGCAUGACCAGGUGAAGGCAGAGUAUGCCCAGCCCAGCCUCAGGCUCCCCGUGGUGACCAGACAGUGUGGUUUGGCGUGAAGGAGAAACACCAGCCCCACGCCAAGCUGGAGAACCUAGAACAGGUCCUGAAGCAUAUGCGUGAGGCUGCGGAGCGGAGGCAGCAGUUGGAGUUGGAGCAUGAGCAGGCCCUGGCCGUUCUCAACGCCAAGCAGCAGGAGAUUGAGCUACUGCAGAAGGCUCAGGUUGAAGCCAAGAAGGAGCACGAAGGGGCUGUGCAGCUGCUAGAGUGCAGGGUCCGAGAGCUGGAGGAGAAAUGCCGGACCCAGAGUGAGCAGUUCCACCUGCUGUCAAGGGACCUGGAGAAGUUCCGGCAGCACGCUGGGAAGAUCGACCUGCUGGGCAGUGGCAAGGUGGCCUCACCAGACAUCCCUGGGGUCCCUGGCAAGGCUUUCCCGCGGUUCAUGAACGGACUUGCCACCUCUGUCGGCAAGGGUCACGAGGGACCCGCUGGGCAUUACUCUGUGACCAGUGACCACACCCCACUCCCAGGGGACAAAUCAGAGCCUCCAAGCUCUGCUAAGCCCAGCUUCCUCUUGAGAUCCAGCAGCCCAAGAUGCAGAUUUGAGUCCGAGAUGGACAAUGAAUGGAACUCCAAUACCUCAAAGCAGAGAUACUCGGGGAAAGUCCACCUGUGUGUUGCCCGCUACAGUUACAACCCCUUCGAUGGGCCCAAUGAGAACCCGGAAGCCGAGCUGCCGCUCACGGCGGGCAAAUACCUCUACAUCUACGGGGACAUGGACGAGGACGGGUUCUACGAAGGAGAGCUCCUGGAUGGGCAGAGGGGCUUGGUGCCCUCCAACUUUGUGGAUUUUGUCCAGGACAGCGAGUCGCGGUUGGCCGGCACCCUAGGCAGCGAACAGGAUCAGAAUCUCAUCAACCACUCAGGCAUUGGUGUGGGCGUGGAGGGCGAGCGCAUCCUGGACCUGCACUCCCCGACCCACAUGGACCUGGGCGCCACCGACAAUGGCGGGGGCUCGCUGGAUAUGAACAUUGAUGACAUCGGAGAAGACAUUGUGCCUUACCCUAGAAGACUCACCCUCAUCAAACAGCUCGCCAAAAGUGUCAUUGUGGGCUGGGAGCCCCCGGCCGUGCCUCCUGGCUGGGGCACCGUGAGCGGCUACACCGUGCUGGUGGACACGGAGCCUCGCCUGAGCCUCCCACUGGGCGCCAGGACCAAGGCCCUGGUGGAGAAGCUGGACACGGCUGCCUGCACCUACCGCAUCUCUGUGCAGUGCGUCACCAGCCGGGGCAGCUCGGACGCACUGCAGUGCACACUGCUGGUGGGCAAGGACGUGGUGGUGGCCCCCUCGCACCUGCGGGUGGACGGCGUCACGCAGAUCUCCGCGCAGCUGUCCUGGCUGCCCACCAACAGCAACUACAGCCACGUCGUCUUCCUCAAUGAGGAGGAGUUUGAUGUCGUCAAGGCGGCGCGCUAUAAGUACCAGUUCCUCAACCUGCGGCCCAACAUGGCCUAUAAGGUCCGGGUCCUGGCACGGCCUCACCAGAUGCCCUGGCAGCUGCCCCUCGAGCAGAGGGAGAAGAAGGAGGCUUCAGUGGAGUUCUCCACGCUGCCUGCAGGCCCUCCAGCCCCUCCACAAGAUGUCACUGUCCAAGUGGGGGCCACAGCAGCCACUGUCCAGGUCUCCUGGAAGCCACCUGUGCUGACCCCCACUGGGCUGUCCAAUGGAGCAAACGUCACUGGCUACGGCGUGUAUGCCAAGGGGCAGCGGGUGGCUGAGGUCAUCUUCCCCACCGCGGACAGCAUCCCUGUGGAGCUCGGGCGGCUGCGAGGCCUGGAGGCGAAGGCCGUGACUGUACGGACCCUCUCUGCCCAGGGCGAGUCUGCAGACUCAGCGCCAGCUGCUGUGCCCCCCGACCUCCUGGUGCCUCCUGCCCCCGCCUCCAGGGUGUCCCCACCGAAGCCAUUAGCCAGCACCCCCGAUACCAAAGACGAGCACUCGGGUGUCCACGCCAAGGCAGAGCCCUGGGAGCAGAGCCGGAUGCCUGCCCCUGCGCACGGGAACCUGCUGGAGCCGCCUGGCCUGCAGGGUGCCCCCUCUGGGCGGCGGUCGCCCUCGCCCAGCCGUAUCCUCCCACAGCCGCAGGGAGCCCCCGUGUCCACCUCCGUCGCCAAGGCCAUGGCCCGUGAGGCCGCACAGAGGGUGGCUGAGAGCAGCAGGUUAGAGAAAAGGAGCCUCUUCCUGGAGAGGAGCAGUGAGGGUCCCUAUGCCAACUCAGACGAGGAGGAUGGGUACGCCUCCCCUGAGCUCAAGCGGAGGGGCCCCUCCGUGGACGACUUCCUGAAGGGGUCUGAGCUGGGCAGGCAGCCCCUCUGUUGCCAUGGAGACGAGUACCACACAGAGAGCAGCCGGGGCUCAGACCUGUCCGACAUCCUGGAGGAGGAUGAGGAGGAGCUGUACUCGGAGAUGCAGCUGGAGGACGGCGGCCGGCGGCGGCCCAGUAGCACCUCACACGGUGCCCUCAAGGAGUCCUAUAAGCCCGGGAGCCCGGAAGGUGUGUUCCUGGAGCAGUCUGGGCUCCCCCAACCGUCCCGCCGAAGUAAGAGGCUUUUCAGUAUCCCCGAGGUAGCAGAGGAGGAUCCUGACCCCUGUGAGCCGCUUCUCCGGCAGGGCCCUGGGGUGUCCAGAGCCAGGGCCCUGCUGGCUGCACGGCAUGGACCUGUCCCACCCUGCUGGGGCCCCACAGUGCCGCCUGACUCCUGGCUCCCCACCAAGCACAGGGUCCCGCGGGGGGUCACCCAUGCGGACGACCUCCUCCUGGAAGACAGAGGUGGUUGGCUGGGCCGCUGGGCCACCCGGAGCCCGGACAGUGGCCUGGAUUGUGGCAGUGAGGAGGAGGAGCUGCGGAUUAGUUUUGGGAAUACCGAAGCCAACUGCAGCCCAGGCCCUGGCCACUGUCCCUGUCGGAGAAGCACACGGCCCCUGCUGGCCCGGCGGCGGACACUGACCCGGCAGAGCAGCAUUGAAGAGGACUUUGGGGAGCAGGUGGACCCCGGUGACGUCAUCAGGAGCGAUGACAUCCAAGCCAGCCCGGAGAGGUCGGCGCCCAGGAAGCCAGGCUGGGAUGCAGCCUCCGACCACGACGGUUUUCGGGGUGUCUGGUGGAAAGGCGUGGCCGGGCCGGACAAUAGGGCGGCCCUCCAGCACGGGAUACCUCCUCCCCGGGCUGCAGACGGUCCCUGGAUCUUAGGCAAUCCGGCGUCAGCAGGACGGGCGGAGAGGGUGGAGCGCGGGAGCCGCAGGUUCCCCCACGGUGGCUCUGGUCCCCAGAGGCCCCGGCUACCCAUUGACGACUACGCCGGGCACGACCGCCUCUCCCCGGACUUCUAUGAUGAGUCGGAGUUGGACCCCGGUGCCGAGGAGCCCCCGGCCCGCAUCUUCGUGGCUCUCUUUGACUACGACCCGCUCACCAUGUCCCCCAACCCUGAUGCCGCGGAGGAGGAGCUGCCUUUCAAGGAAGGCCAGAUCAUCAAGGUGUAUGGAGACAAGGACGCCGACGGGUUUUACCGUGGGGAGACCUGUGCCCGGCUCGGCCUCAUCCCGUGCAACAUGGUGUCUGAGAUCCAGGCGGACGACGACGAGAUGCGGGGCCAGCUGCUGCGCCAGGGCUUCCUCCCGCUCCACACCCCGGUGGAGAAGACAGAGAGGAGCAGGAGGAGUGGCAGGCCGCACUCAGUGUCCACACGGAGAAUGGUGGCCCUGUACGACUAUGACCCACGGGAAAGCUCGCCCAACGUGGACGUGGAGGCUGAACUUACGUUUUGCACGGGAGAUAUCAUUGCUGUUUUUGGCGACAUUGACGAGGAUGGGUUUUAUUACGGGGAGCUGAACGGGCAGCGAGGCCUGGUGCCUUCCAACUUCCUGGAAGAAGUGCCUGACGACGUGGAGGUCUACCUUUCCGACGCCCCAUCCCUCUGCUCUCAAGACACAGCCCUGCAUGCCAAGGCCAAAAGGAAGAAGAGCGUUCAUUUCACACCCUAAGCAGGCAUGUAGCCUUCACGUAAGUGAGCAGCCGGAGACACCUAGAGAGAUACCGACUUAAGCUACUGACACGGACCAGUGCGGUAGCCUUAAGGCUUCGCUGUGGGCUUUCAGAGAGAACAAAGAAAUAUGUCUCAAAGCCUGGGUCCGAAGGGUUAGGCUGCCACGGGGCUCAGUUGCACAGCAACUGAAUGCGGAGUGAAGCACGCCCUCUCCCAGCCCUUCCCUGGGAGCUCCGCUCACUGCUCGGAAGGCCGACAUUGGGAACAUAUUUCUUGCCCAGCGAGCUGUCUGUUUACAUAGAGCGCUCACUGUCUACUCUGAGCAGGAGCUGCAUAUUGCAUUGUUAGCCACUCUCAACAAAGCACAACCCAGCCGUGUGUGUACUAGGCCAAGUCUUACUUUGAAACCAAACUGGAGCCCCCUCUAAUUUAAGACGAAGCAGACGAGGGUGGCCGUGGUGGUCCGGGCUGGCCCGGACUGCAGUGACCACACGUUACCUUGCUCCCCCGCCGAGCACACAGAGCACACACGCAGAUGCGGCCGCGUGUGGGUACCAAUGCAAUACCACGCCUUGGACGCGUGCAGCUCCCGUGACCGCACUAGGGAACCAUGGUAUCUUCAGGUGUGCUUUGGGACGCACUGCUAGGUGUUUUCCAUUAGAACCAGACCUUGAUUCCAAAUCCUAGCAAGCUUGAGGCCCCUUGGCUGCCGAACACGGAGCGCUCACUUCCCGGGGUGUGCGGGGAGAGUGGAGUGACGGCAGGGGUCCCGUGCAGGGCGGCGGAAGGUGCCACCCCUAAAGCCUGGAGCAUGGAAAUGCGCCCGGUGCUGUGCCCCGGGACAAAGUCCCGCUCGUUUACGGGGGAAUAAUGCAAGCACAAUAAGGGCCUUCAAGCUUUCUUCGAUUGUAAUUAAGGUUCGUUUUAGUUUUUUUUCUUUCAACCGGUGUGCCAUCUCCAGUGUUUUCUAUAGUUUCUAACUAACCCAAGAGUGCAUUGAACAGUAUCAGGGUUUUAUAUAACCAAAGUAGUUCUCAAACGCAUCCAAAUUCCCUCUUGAGAUGACUGACGGGUCCUCGGCCAGCCCGACUAUCAAUCUGACUCAAACGCCUUCCCCGCUUUCAGUCUGAAUUCGCGGAGUAAAUUGUGACCUAGCUUUGUUUGCCGAAGCGACAGCCACCCUUCUCCCAAGCCAAGGCCUCAGGAGGCUGCUUUGGGCGAGGGGUGUGCUGCCUGCCCGGGCGCACUCCGACCCUUGAAAGAAGAAACGAACCCCUUCCUUCCCCGUGGCGGGGCCGGGUGGUGCGGUGUGGCCGAGUGGAUCGGUGUCGGAGGUGCUCACACUCAAUAAACUGUCACAAUGUACCUACUAGGUUCCUCCUGAGGGUUCAGGGCCAGCAAGGAGAGCUCCAUCCCCCACAGUCCACCUCCAUUCGGGGUCACCUACGCCAUCCAUGGGUUCUGGUA